GACAGCAGCCGGUAAUAGAAAGGCUAGUAGACUGCAAAAAGGCUCCGAAAGCUUUAAAUGCCCCCAUUAAUGGCAGACCCUGACGCGAGCUCGCUCGCUGCCACUCCUUGGCCUCUGGGUUCCCUUUGGACCCCCUCGUUCCCUUCCCCUUCCCCCACUGCCUCUUAUCGCUGGAAACCGACCCGUGCUUUUUUCAAAGUCGUGCUCCAGUUGAAAUUAAACUAAAAAAGGUUACCAGAAAAGAACAAGAAUCGCCCUCUUGUUUUCCAGUUUCCUUCGCCAAAGAAUCCUCCUUGGUUAAGAAGAGAAGAUGCAGAAUUGAGGUUUUGUUUCAGGGAUGUAUAAGAAUCAGCUACAGGAGCUAGCGCAGAGGAGCUGCUUCAAUCUGCCAUCUUAUGCCUGCGUGAGAGAAGGCCCAGAUCAUGCGCCUCGGUUCAAAGCUUCGGUUAACUUUAAUGGGGAGAUCUUCCAAGGUCCAAGCCACUGCACCACUCUCCGUCAGGCAGAGCACGCCGCCGCGGAGGUCGCUCUCACCAAUCUAUCCUCGAGAGCCCCCUCUCGCUCCCUCGCCGCUCGUGUUCUGGAUGAGACCGGCGUGUAUAAGAACCUCCUCCAGGAGACGACUCACAGGGCUGGGCUGAAACUGCCGGUGUACACAACUGUGAGGUCGGGGCCUGGCCACCAGCCUGUUUUCACAUCUGCUGUUGAGCUUGCUGGCAUGUGCGUCGCCGGCGAUCCAGCAAAGACCAAGAAGCAAGCAGAGAAGAACGCCGCCAUGGCCGCAUGGUUCGCCUUGAAGCCAAUGCCUGAUUUAGAUUCCUUGGCCCGGCCGAAGGAUGCGAGUGAGGGCUGCGGCGGUGGAGGAGAAGAGCAGGAACAAGUAGUGAGAUACCUUCACAACCUCAAACCCAAGGAGGAAAACAAACAAUCGAAGCAAAGGGAGCAUUUUCAGCAGCAACAACAGAAGCAGAAGAGAAAGUUAGUUGGUUUCAAUGAUGGAACCUCGUCCGCUGCCUCACCCCACCGUUCAUUGAGGUUCCAGCAACAAUGGAAAUCCCUUGAGCCCUUAGCUGACUGCUCUCUGAUCCAUCCAUCUCAGCAACAGCAAAAAAAUUGCUCCUUUUUAGCUCCAGCCCUCUCUACAGGACCAAAAGUCAUGUCACCAUUGCCGUUUACUUUAAAUUCCUCUGUUUCUCCUCAGGAGCCUUCCUCCUCGUCCAAAGGUACGAUUAACAGCUCUACAUUCCACGCGACCUCUCGACCCAUUCCAUCCCUGGUUGGAAAUAGUACAUCCCAGCCCAUAUCACAAGAGAUCCCAACCCUUUCUGAUGGAAAAAAAGGAGAGCGAUUACAAGAGAAGGCUAGCCAAGGAAAAUCAUCCUCUUCUCCUGUUCUAGCUCGUCCUUUUGCAGAUCCAAACACUUCAGUCUUCGCUGCGCGGGCAUUCAGCCCUCCUCGCCUCAACAUUCCAAUUGGGGCAGCUCCAUUAAGGAACUCUUCAACAAUAUCUGUUCCAAGAAUGAUGAACACAGGUCGAUUCCAUGCCCAUGGCAUUGCUCCGGCUGUUCAAAUCCGAUCGGUGAUCCCAGUCUGUGCCGCGCCCCCUAUGCGGCAACCACAGCAGCCACCGGCUACGAACAUCCUCCCCGCUUUGAAAGAAACAGAGGAAGAUAUUUCAGCAGCCACUUCGGAGCUUAACAAGCUGCAGCUGUAAACAAGAAAGAGACUUUCAACAUGUUAUACCAUGCUAUUAUUUAUCUCCUCCAGAAUCUCUUCCAAGUCCUUCCAGUUCUGCUUAUGAGCUCCUUUGAAAAGUUUGUCGUUUUUUGCUUCUCUCUUCCAUCAAUGGAGUUUUGUUUCAUUUUGGUUUAAUCUCAAUUCCGCUGCCAUCCAUUAGCCGCCCAAGCAUCUAUUAAUCUUCAGCUGAUGAAUUAGAGGCUAAGAGGCAAGAGCACCAGAUUAAACUUAUGUGAAAAAUGCUUUGUCUAAUUUGUUGCCCGUCUCUUAUAAUACAUAAACUAUGUUUCUCGGUUAUGUUCUGCAUAAAAGAGAUUGGUAUUCAUGUUUUUUUCUUUA